AUGGAGGGAGACAGAGCGGAGUCUUUCACUUUGUUCCAAGUCAUAGUGAAAGAGAAAGAGACAGUCAGGUGUAUAAAUACACCUGUACCUCUCAGCAUUCUCCCACUCUCUGUCAUCCUCAGACUCUCUCAUCCUCAGGCUCUCUCUCUCUGUCACCCUCAGACUCUCUGUCAUCCUCAGACUCUCUCUCUCUGUCAUCCUCAGACUCUCUCAUCCUCAGGCUCUCUCUCUCUGUCAUCCUCAGACUCUCUGUCAUCCUCAGACUCUCUGUCACCCUCAGACUCUCUGUCAUCCUCAGACUCUCUCUCUCUGUCAUCCUCAGACUCUCUGUCAUCCUCAGACUCUCUGUCAUCCUCAGACUCUCUGUCAUCCUCAGACUCUCUGAAGCACAGCUCUCAAAGCAGUAAUAUGGCAGCUCUUCUCUUCAUUGCAACAAUCUGCUUGGGCUACGCAGCAGCAUUCUCAGAGGUACCCGUGGACUGCUGUCUGUCAACCACUGACAUCCGUUUCCCUCGCCACUUUAAGAUGGUCUCCUACCUGCUGCAGACUACAGACAGAGGCUGUGACAUCGAUGCCACUGUAUUUAUCACCAAGACAGGGGCGAGACUGUGCUCGCCCCAUCCCGCAGAGAGCAAGUGGGUGUCAGACUACGUCAAACGUCUGGAGCGAACCAUCUCCCUCCGGAGAGCUAACUCACCUCAGGAGUAAAUGAGCAGAGUAAGACCAGGAGAGGAGACGUGGAGGAGACAUUCAUUUCAACCUUUUUUAACUGAACAGUCGUCCUAGAUACUGUAGUAGACCAAAUCGUUUUUUUUACAAAAUACUGUACAAGAAACCCUUGUGAAUAGUGCAUACUGUAAAUUCAUAUCAUAGCAAAACCAUUUCCCAUCAAUAUAUUUAGAGAUGUGUUAGAUUGGUUUUGUAAAAUGUUAUAUUCAAGUUGUACAAUUUGUUAAUAUGGUUUGGUGGGUGGAUUAGAGAAAAUGUUGACGUGAAUGUCAGCUGUCAUGAAAAUGUAUAUUUCAAAUGAAUAUUUCCAAUAAAAUAUAGUUUUCUGUAAAA